AUGUAUCCAUAUAAUAAUCAAGGUUAUCCACCAGGCUACAUUCCACCACAAGUUGGCAUGCCAGGCUACAUUCCACCUCCACCACAAAUGGGUAUGCCAGGUUAUAUUCCACCACCUGUAGGUGUAGUUCCAAUGCCACAAAUGGGUAUGCCAGGAUGUCCACCAAUGGUAGUUCCAAUGCAACCACUUCCAGGACAAUACCCAAUGGGUGCUCCUUAUCCAUACAGUGGAGGCUAUGGCUAUGGUUAUCGUGGUCACAAAUUUAAGAAAUUUAAAGGUUAUAAAGGUUUCAAAAAAGGAUACUAUCGUUAUUAG